UAUGCUGCCAUGCACAGUUGGAUUAUCUAUAAAUAUAGGUUUAUCUAAACUGUAAGUUGCACAUUUCUACUCUCUAAGAUAGAUAUAUAGAUGGAUGGAUGGAUGCUGUGGUUAUUGAGGAAUGUGAUGGGAGGGGCCAGCAGACUCCAUCCUGACCACAGAUAGAUAUAUUACUAUAUAAGAGACGAUCUCACUCUCCAAGGGUCACAUUUGGUGGAGUCCCAGGACUUUGACGAUGCGGUGUCUGCUUUCAGCUGCUCUUCUGUCUGUGAUUGUGCACCUGUGCUCCGGUGCAGACUGGUGUUACCAGACACAAGUGAGCUGUGAAUCUCACUGUAAAGGACCAGACCGAUGGAGUGAAGUCAAUGCAGACUGUGGGAAGAGCAGACAGUCACCAAUCAACAUAGUGACCAAGAAAACCAAGCUGGACGAGCGGCUGACGCCUUUCAAAUUCACCGGCUACCAGACCGUGUUCGAGAGCACCAUGAAGAACAACGGCCACUCGGUUCAGGUCAGUAUACCCAUCACAGCCACAGUGUCUGGAGGAAACCUGGGAGAAACGUACAAAGCUGUGCAGUUUCACCUCCACUGGGGCAACAACGGAGGUCCUGGAUCUGAACACACCGUCGAUGGAGAGCAGUAUCCUAUGGAGCUGCAUAUUGUGCACAUGAAACAAAGAUACAACAGACUUGAAGACGCACUCAGAGAUCCCUCAGGAAUCGCGGUGCUGGGAUUCUUCUAUGAGGAGUCGAGCAGCUCUAACAGAAAGUACGAUCUCUUCACACACGGCCUGCGCAGCAUCCAGAAUACAAAUGGAAACACGACGCUCCGUAAGAUUUCUCUGAAUCAGCUCAUUCUGCCUGAAGCCAACAUGACGAACUAUUACCGGUAUGACGGCUCUCUGACCACACCGGGCUGCACGGAGGCUGUGGUGUGGACGGUGUUUGAAAACCCCAUUCCCCUCGACAGAGAACAGCUCCGGGCUUUUUCCACCCUGAAGUUUCACGAUGGGAACUCGAUGGUGGGAACGUUUAGACCCGUACAGCCACGUAAUGGGCGUGUGGUUUACCGGUCCAGCGGAGCAGCGGUCACCGCCAGCGCCGUCCUGAUUCUGGCCUCCAUCAGUGCAGCGUUAGGCCUGUCCCGUCCGAACUAGAGCAAGACCAACCCGAUACCGACACACAAUCAA